AUGUCGAGCAUACGGGCCGCCGCACGCGCGGCGCUGGAGCGAAAACGUCGAGAGGCGGAGGCAAUGGCGGGGGAAAGACGGGUGGAGCGGCCGGACCUCAACGACGAGGCGGGAGAGAACGCUCGGCCUGGGACGGCGGCAGUGAAGCCGAAAGCAGUGGCGAAGAAAUCCCGAUGGGGCUCAUCGGACGACGAGAGCGAGGAAGAAGACGAUAACCACGCGUGCGGUCGACGAGAGGAGGUGAUGAACGCGGGGGGACCGUCCACAGGGGGUCAGGGAUACACGGAGAAGAUGCUUGCUGAAGCGAACUUGUUCGCCGCGGCGCAGCGAGACAUGCAAGACGUCGUGGAAAGUGGAAAACAACGCUCACAAGGGGUGGAUCCGAAGCAAUUCUUUGCUCCUUCUCCGAGCUCCGAGGAUGGCCACACGGAUGCGUCUCCGGAGGCGGGGCCGGCGCGUCCACCCGAGGGACUAACGGCUGCUUUGGCUGAGCUGGAGUCCUGUGACAAGGAGGAGCCGAUCGCUGGUCCGGCGCGACCGCCACCGGUGGAAUCCAGUGUAAACGAUAGCGAACUGGAAGAUGCACCGACCGGUCCGGCGCGACCUGAUCCAGAAAUCUCGAGAUUGCGUGCCCAGGAAGCAAAACAACCUGUGCAGUCUCUCAAUUUGGUUGACGCUGAACUACAGGUUACGCGCUCCAUGUCGAUGAGUAUGCUACCACUGAAAAAGAAAGCGUUAGAUAUGUUGCAGAGAUGUCGAAGCGUCGAUGAGUUCGAGAGAUUGAAUAAGAUUGACGAGGGUACGCACGGGAUCGUUUUCAAAGCUCGCGACAAACGCACCGGUGAAGUUGCAGCACUGAAGCGAGUGAUAAUGGACGAGGCUGAUGACGGUUUUCCCUUAACGGCUCUGCGAGAAGUGAAUAUUUUGCUGUCGCUAGAUCAUCCGAGCAUCGUGAACGUGAACGAAGUCGUCGUCGGUUCCAAGCUAAAUUUUGUAUUUAUGGUGAUGGAAUAUGUUGAAAACGAUUUAAAAGGUCUCAUGGACCAGAUGGCCGAGUCGUCGGUACCAAGGUUUACCGUACCGGAAGUCAAAGCGUUCAUGCUUCAGCUACUGAGUGGUAUGUCUUACUUGCAUGAAAAUUGGAUCAUGCAUCGGGAUUUAAAACUGUCAAACAUUCUCGUAACAAACUCUGGCGACCUGAAGAUUUGCGACUUUGGACUUGCUCGACAAUUUGGUGGAGUGGGGAGGUACACCCAACUCGUUGUAACUCUUUGGUAUCGCCCGCCUGAGCUAUUGCUCGGCGCUACGACGUACGGCCCUGCUAUCGACGUCUGGAGUCUCGGAUGCAUAUUUGGGGAACUUCUCAGCGGCGCGCCACUCUUCAACGGGCGAGCAGAGAUUGACCAGCUUCAGAAGAUAUUCAAGCUCCUGGGCACUCCUAACGACAAGAUAUGGCCAGAGUUUAGCUCUCUGCCGAGUGUGCAGAAGGUGACAUUUACGGAGCAGCCGUACAACAAACUUCGUCAAAAGUUCCCUCGUGACUCGACCGGUCUGAGCGACAACGGUUUCGAGUUACUCAAUCGCAUGCUGACGUACGAUCCAUCAAAGCGUUUCACGUGCUCCGAAGCACUUAAUCACCCGUUUUUCGAGGAGUAUCCUCCGCCACAGCGUCCUGUCUUUGUCGAAGAAGCUUAUCGCCGUGCGUCGCUUGGGUCUGAGAAAGUACCUGCCCACACGGUAGCCUCAGUAACGCGCUCUUCUUGUGAAAUAUAG